GGUCCGGGCUCCUGAUGGCCCCGCCUCCGCCUCGGCCGAGCUGCCGGCCGGCGCUUUUCCUCACGCGGAGCCGCCGGACCCGCCGCCAUGAAGUGUCACUACGAGGUGCUGGGCGUGAAGCGCGACGCCGCCGAGGAGGACCUGAAGCGGGCGUACCGCCGGCUGGCCUUGCGCUGGCACCCGGAUAAAAACCUCGAGAACGCGGAGGAAGCGGCGGAACAGUUCAAGUUAAUCCAGGCGGCGUAUGAUGUUCUCAGUGACCCCCAGGAAAGAGCCUGGUAUGAUGAUCACAGGGAGGCUCUGCUAAAAGGAGGACUUGGUGGAGACUAUAAAGAUGAUAGCUUAAAUUUGCUGUGCUACUUCACUGUUAGCUGUUACUCUGGAUACGGAGAUGAUGAAAAGGGUUUCUUUACAGUCUAUCGACAAGUUUUUGAAAAGAUUGCAAAAGAGGAAAUGGAAUAUAUGACUGAGGAAAAUACUGAAGAAUUCCCUAUGUUUGGGUGUUCUCAAAGCGACUAUGAUACGGUAGUCCACCCUUUCUAUGCAUAUUGGCAGAGUUUUUGUACUCGGAAAAACUUUGCUUGGAAAGAAACAUAUGACACACGACAAGCCUCGAACCGCUGGGAGAAACGAGCUAUGGAAAAAGAGAACAAGAAGACAAGAGAGAAAGCAAGGAAAGAGAGGAGUGAGCUGGUCCGUCAGCUAGUAGCCUUUAUUCGUAAAAGGGAUAAAAGAGUACAGGCUCAUAGAAGACUCAUAGAAGAGCAAAAUGUAGAAAAAACUAGGAAAGCAGAGGAAUUUCGGAGGCAGCAGAAGCUCAAACAAGCCAAGCUUGCUGACCAGUAUAAAGAGCAGAGCUGGAUAACUGAGUUGAAUCUGGAAAGAGAAUUGCAAGAGAUGGAGGCACGAUAUGAAAAGGAGUUUGGAGAUGGGUCGGAUGACGAAGAUGGAUUAGAAGAACAGGAAACCAAAGUCAUGAAAGAUGAUGAGACUGAAGAAGCUGAAUUUGUUGAUGGUCUGUACUGCCCUGCUUGUGACAAAUUGUUAAAAACUGAGAAAGCCAUGAAAAAUCAUGAAAAAUCAAAGAAGCAUCGAGAAAUGGUAGCACUAUUACGACAGCAAUUGGAAGAAGAAGAAGGGAAAUUUCCUACAUCUUUGGAUGAUGCAAACAGAGAAGAUACCAAAGAGGAGGAAGAAACAGAAGACAUGCCCAAGCAGAAACUCUCAAAGAAACAGAGGAAGAAACGGAAAACUAUGACUUAUGAGGACUCUCCUGAUCAAAGUGCUGAUGAAGAAACAGUUGAACAAAAGGAGGUACACUGUGUGGACAAUGACAGUGGCUUAGCAGAGGAGUUGCUAAAUGAUGGCCAAAGAUGUGCUGUGUCAGAGGAUGCAAGCGCUACAGAAGAUGUUGGACAAGUGAAUGAAGCAAAAACUGAAGCAAAAAGCAGUCCCAAGCCUAACGGGGAAAAAGCCAAGGAUGCAGAAGAGUCUGCUAAGCUAUCUUCAGAGCACCCAACAACAAAUGAAUUUUUAACCCGCUGUAUAACCUGCAAGUGGACAUUUCCGUCCCGAAGUAGACUGUUUAGACACCUAAGAGCCACAGGACAUACAAAAUCCACAAAACCACCAACUGUCAAUGGAGCUGAAAACACCAAAAACAAAAAAGAGAAGCGUAAAAACAGAUAGAACUUUGCUAGAUAGUCUUCAGAAUUGUACAUGAAAGAUCUCCCAAAACUGAAAGGUGCAUAUUGCCUGUGUUUGGAGUUGAACAAAGAAGGAAAGUCCUAAUGUUGGAAAAAAAGGAAGAUGCAACAAAAUGAGUAUUAUCUUGUGAAGAAACUUGUGCUUGCUUUUGGAUUUAUCAGCCUUUCUUUAAUGACUGGAUUUGACAUAACAUCUCAGCAGCUUUCACAUGGAAAGUGUGGAAACAGUAGUUCAGAGCUAGUCAUCUCCUGUUUCUGUUGUAUGGGGAUAUGUAACUUGUAUGGGGAUAAAGUAACUUGCAGGGGGAUAAAGUGCUCACACAGAUAUAAAAAUAAAUUAUUUUCACACUUGU